CAAAAGAAAAGGGGGGAGAAAAAAUAGUGAAAGAUACGAAAUUAGAAUUAGAAUACAAGGCAAGCCAUGGGAUCAGAAAGUGAUGAGAUUCAUGAAUGGGCUUCAACUCCGUGCAUUAUGGGCAUCGAUGAAGCCGGUCGCGGCCCCGUUUUAGGUCCGAUGGUUUACGGAUGUCUGUAUUGUCCACUUUCUUACAAGAAAACCCUCUCCACUUUGGAAUUUGCAGAUUCCAAGACGUUGAAAGAAGAGAAAAGAGAGGAAUUGUUUGAAAGCUUAAAGGGUGAUCAAACAAUUGGUUGGGCUGCUGAUGUCAUAGAUCCUAGAGAGCUCUCAGCUAAAAUGUUGCGAAAAAACAAGAUAAACCUUAAUGAGAUUUCACAUGACUCAGCCAUGGGACUUGUCAAGAAGGUGCUAGGCAUGGGAUAUCUUCUGACUGAGGUUUAUGUUGAUACGGUAGGAGAUCCUGAAAAAUACAGAGUUAAGCUUUCCGAGAGAUUCCCAUCUAUUCAGUUUGUGGUUGCAAAGAAGGCUGAUAGUCUCUAUCCAGUUGUUAGUGGAGCAAGUAUAGUUGCCAAGGUGACAAGGGACCGAGCAUUGCAAAAUUGGACGUUUGAUGAAACUGCUGAAAAUAUGCAUAGAAACUUUGGAUCUGGAUAUCCUGGAGAUCCCAGCACUAAAGACUGGUUAGAACAUCAUAAACACCCAGUAUUUGGCUUCCCAUCAUUGGUUCGCUUUAGCUGGGGCACAUGUAAUGCAUACGUCAAAGGCGGUGUUGAAGUGUUAUGGGAAGCAGACAAAGAAGACGACGAUGAUGAAUCCUCAAGUAAGACGCGCAAGCGGCAAUCAAAGCUGAGUAAUCUCGGUUUCACUGGAGUGAAGAGAAGAAGCGAAGAUAUUGAAUCAAGCGGAAAAGGUCGAUGCAAGUUUUUUCAAUCUCGUAAACUCGAACAGCUCUCCCGUUUCUAACCACAAGACAUCCGUAUGGCGCCAUAAAGUCAGAUGAUAUUGUAUUUGUGCCAACUCUUCCAGAACUUUGCAUUUUCCUUAUCAAUUCCAUUGUCUUUUUAUAUAUAUAGUUUUUUCAUCGUUGCA